GACUUGCCGGAUCUGUCAAGUAAGUGAGGUUAAGUGGGUUCGUUCGCUAGAGGUUAGGUUCGAUGUAGCAAAAAUGGCUAAUUUUCGAUCAAUAAUAGCCACAAUAUCAAUAACAAUAAUUUCAAUAAGUUUAUCGAAUGCCUUAUACGAAGACCAAGUUGGGAAAUUCGACUGGAAACGUUCUUUUAUCGGUAAAGUGAAACAUGCUCGAUUUGACAACAAACGACUGAUUGUGACCUCACACGAAAAUGUCGUCGCUAGUUUAAGCCUUAAAAACGACCAAAUACUAUGGCGCCAGGUGAUGGAGAACCCCCAGGAACAGCAGCCGCUACAUUUACAUGUAGACAAAGACGUGAUCACGGUUUCGGGCAACAGAAACAACCACUAUGUUCGCGGCUGGGACUCCCCAACGGGCAGCCUAUUAUGGGAGUGGGUCAUAGCUACCGAGAAAAGUGCAGACUCGUUUUGGCUGGUCAAAGACGAUACGCUCGUUCACAUCGCGCCAUUCCCCGGAUCCCAUAUGGAAGUGACCCAUUACAACGCAAAAACGGGAGAAGUGCGCUGGAAGACGCGAAAAAUCCCGGAAACGUGGGUCGGAGGAACGAACAAAUGCGCUAUCGCCAACCCAUACUUUGUCUGUGUUUCAAAUGGCCAGUUGUUUUGGUUUAACGUUGUAAAUAGUGAUGCGAACACCCAUCGUUCGCAGUCAGUUCAAACUUUGAUAGGGGAGUCGGACCCAGGGAAUCUGCACCUCCUCGAAUUUGAGGGUCCUAAACCCGCAGUUUUAUUAGUGAGAAACAAUAACGCUAAAGUAGUUGAAGUAGAUGAGGAAACUGCCAAAGCUUUACCAUAUUCGUUGAUUUCUAACGCCAUAUACGUAGAAAAUGCGAUUUAUCAACUAGAGGCCAAUUUAGAAAACCCUGACAAGCUAAUAAAAGUGAAGUCGUUGAAUUUGUUGACUGGACAAGAAGGGUUGUCGGUUGAGGUUGACUACCCUUUGGGUUUAGGAGGCCCUUAUAUCGUAGCAGGUCAGUGCAGAGGCGGAGUCUGUGAUUUACUACUUUCCAGCACCGACAACGCCUUGACUCUGGUACGUCUGCCUGAAGGUAAAGUAAUUUGGACACGUGAGGAGGCCUUAAGCAACAUCGUCUCAGUCGAAUUUUUUGAACUACCGGUGUCGGAACUUGACGCUAGCAUAGAGAAAGAAUUCGCAAUUGCCUCGAAUGACGUCGUGAGCAUGUUCUCUCAUCGUAUAUCCACCCAAACAAGACAACUCUACAAUCUCGUCUUAAGCGGCCAACUUUUGGGAAAUAGUGGUUUAGUUCGUGACGAAUUCGGUCUCCAUAGAAUCAUCGUAGUGGCCACCAAUGUCGGUAAAUUAUUCGGAAUCGACACCCUCACGGGUUCCAUCGUGUGGACUUAUCGCCUCCCUAACGUUAAACCCUUCAAAGACUCCGCCAUGAUGCUAUUGGUGCAACGAACGGCACGCUACGCCCCUUUGCCCGCCCAGUGUGUGCUAUUGGCCGAAGACGCGAACACCGGGGCGGGGGUUAGCUUCACCUUCGAUCCGAUUAGUGGGAUGUCGCAACGUGGCAUCGAGCGCUUGGGUUACAAGAUAAAGCAGGCGUUCCUUCUGCCGCACGAAGACGACGAUCACGUUAAACCAAUCGUCGUGGUCGCAAGUGACAACGCCGUACACGUGUAUCCUGAUGAGGGCCGCAGUGUAGUGCAGAAACACAGCGAUACGACGUUCUUGUACAUGCUUGAUGGAACUAUUAUGAGGGGUUACAAAAUCAAGGCAAACUUUGCCCUGACACAAGUGUGGGAAGUCAAUUUGGGACCAUCGGAGUUAGUGGCUGUCAGCACUCGACCAAUCAACGAACGCGUUCAUUCUCAAGGUCGCGUGCUUCCGGAUAGAUCUGUAUAUUACAAAUACGUCAACCCGAAUCUCGUGGCGUUGGCAACUUUACAUGACGACCCCAUCCACAAGCAUGUUUUGAGUGUGUAUUUGAUAGAUGGCGUUACCGGACUUGUCUUGUAUUCGGCGUCGCAUAAAAAAGCUAAAGGACCGGUGCAUCUAGUACAUUCGGAGAAUUGGCUCGUUUAUUCUUUCUUCAAUGAAAGGUUCAGAAGGAACGAAAUCGUGGCAGCUGAGUUGUACGAGGGUCACAUUCAGAGCAACAGUACCGCUUUUAGUUCGUUUGGAGUGAGCCAGCUGCCGCACAUUCAAACGCAGUCGUACAUAACCCCCGCCAACCCAGUGUCUAUGACUGUGACCCUCACCGAGCGGGGGAUCACCAACAAGUUUCUGUUGGUGGGGAUGAGUUCGGGCAGCGUCGUGGAAAUCCCGUGGAUGCUGCUGCAGCCGAGAUUUGCCGACAUAGCGUGUGGUCCCGAAGAAAGUUGUAUUCCGUACAUGCCAGAAAUCCCAUUGCCGGCUGAAGCCAUCAUCAACUACAAUCAGACUUUGAGUAGAAUCAGGAGAAUCGAGGUGGCUCCGGCCAAGUUGGAAAGUACUAGUCACGUUCUAGUGCACGGUUUGGACUUGUUUUAUACUCGAGUGGCGCCCUCUAAGACUUUCGAUUUGUUGAAAGAAGACUUUGAUCAUAAAUUGAUAGUACUUGUUUUGUCUGGACUCAUUAUAGCUUCUUAUGUUACCAAGUACCUGGCGUCCAAAAAGACGCUGCGACAGGCUUGGAAAUAAUCCUUAGGUUCAAUUUGUUAGGCAAUAAAAUUGUGUUUUGUCAGUUGUGGUUAUAGUAAAUGGUUUCUUUGUGUUUUAUAUGCACCUUUGUUGUUCUGUUGUACAUCAAUAUGUUGUUUUGUUGUUUGAUACCGUAUUUAUACAUGCAUUUUGUAAAAUAAGGACAUUUGAGGCGAAUUGUAUGGAAUUUUUGUAUAUUUAGAAUUGUUGGAACGUGUAUAAAAGACCAAAUAAAAAAAUCAAAAGUGA